GCGAAAGUUAGGGUAGUUGUUAAGUGUUACUGUUUUUUCAGUUGGUGUACAUGUGAAUAGUUUGAUGUGACAAAACCAGUUAAAUAUUUUAACGUUCAACUAAAUCAAUUUAAAUAGGUUACUUCGGAAAAUUCAUUAGGAAGAUUUGUUGAUGAAGAUUCAUCGUAUCUGUUACCAUUCUAGCAGUGACGUGCUCUCAAUCUUCAACCAUAAGUUUAAAUUACGGUAACUUUCAUUUUCAAAGACUCGACAACCAGUUCUACGGGUUAACAAGAGAUGGAUCAAAAUACACGUUCAGAGGAUGGAAGUCAAAUAGGACUGGAAAUUGUUGACACACCUACGUCAAAUUAUACGUUAUCUCAGGCAUUGGAAAAGAAAGCAGAAGAAGAACUCAUGGAGAAACCUGAAUGGAGAGCUCGUGAUAUCCAAGCUCUCAGAGAGAUGUUGCAGGAUGAACCCAAUUUGAUUGUGCCAUCAGAUGAUGCCUUUCUGAUUCGAUUUCUAAGAGCUCGAAAGUUUGAUUAUGACCGUGCCUUCAGACUUAUAAAACAGUAUUAUACAUUACGUGCCAACAAUCCUGAGCUUUUCAAAGAUUUUGUGCCUUCUGCCCUGAAAGAUGUGUUUAGUGCUAACAUUGAAGGAUUUCUACAACACCGUGAUCCCGAGGGUCAUGCCAUCUUUGUAAUCAGAGGAGGUGUUUGGGAUCCAACAAAGCACUCGGCAAAUGAAGUCUAUAGGGCUAACCUUUUGUGUCUUGAAAAGGCAAUUGAAGAUCCUGCCACUCAAAUCAAUGGUAUCAUUGCACUGCUUGACCUCAAAGAGUUUAGUUUUUAUCACAUCAGGCAGAUGAGUCCAGCACAUUGUCGAAGAAUGGUGCUUCUAAUACAGAACUGUUUCCCGGGUCGGUUUAAAGGGAUCCACAUAAUCAAUGAACCAGCGGUGUUUGAUAUCUUGUUUGCACUGGUGAAACCUUUUCUUAGUGAAAAGCUGAAAAACAGGAUUCACUUCCAUGGUGAAAACCUACAGUCACUUCACGAGCACUUUCCACCAUCAAUUCUGCCAGCUGAGUUUGGAGGUCAGUUGGGACCUUUUAACAACCAAGAAUUUGUGAACCAACUCCUUGCUGAUGAACACAAGUUCCAAGACUACCUUCAAUACGGCUAUCACUCUGAGGUGACUCCUGAAGGUGGAGAAGGCGGAAUCAGAUUGAUUUUUCUCCUCAUGGACCAGAGGGCAACCAAACAACACGUAAACCUGAAAAACAACAACAAAGAAAAUUACUCGGAGCGGUCAGGCUGUAGUAGUGCUAGUGAAAGUAAUCGGAAGAUAUCGUCUUGUACAGAACAUCACAGACAUCCAGUCAAACAUGACCGAGUCAUCAGGCACAGAGAAAUCCAAAUUUUCAGAAAUCUUGUUUUGGGCGACCCUGACCUCGUGAUUCCGCUCGAUGAUGAAUUCCUUCUGAAGUUUCUUCGUUCAAGAAAGUUUGAUCCCGAUCGAGCUUUACAUUUACUGCAGAAAUAUUACAGAUUACGCGUAGAUAACCCGGUACUUUUUCAAGAUUUUGUACCUUCGGCAGUGAAAGAAGUUUUCAGUGACAACAUUCAAGGAAUAUUACCUCAUCGAACUCCAUCUGGUGCAGCAAUUUUUGUCUUCAAAACGAGUUCCUGGAAUACUUGUAAAUUCGACGCAGACGAUAUUUUUCGAGCCAACCUGAUGUGUUUAGAAAAAGCUAUUGGAGAAGAGGACACCCAAAAACAUGGUAUAGCAGCAAUACUAGAUCUUCGAGGUUUUGGUUUUGGUCACUUCCGCCAGGUGACUCCAAAUCACGCUCGCCGAAUUAUAGCUUUAGUGCAGGAUUGCUUCCCUGCUAGGUUUAAAGAUAUCCACAUUGUCAACGAGCCUACUCUCUUUGGAGUUCUGUUCAACCUCGUGAAGCCAUUCUUAAGCGAGAAGCUGAAAAAUAGGAUAUAUAUCCAUGGAAACGACUUUACAUCUCUACAUCAGUAUAUUCCUGCUGACAUUUUACCUUUUGACUACGGUGGACAUUUAGAGCCAUUUAACAACGAAAACUGGCACUUAGACAUACAAAAUAGCGAAGACAUUUUUAUAAAGAAUAACAGAUACGGCUAUAAACAUUUUGUUUUCUUGAAAUAAACACCAUCGGAAAAUCCUCCGAGGAAAAGUUUCUGCCUAUGGAAGGAUAAAUUUGAUAAAAUGAUUUCACCGUCCUCUGCCAGCAUCAUGUUAAUAUACGACGUUCAUUCACAAAACAUAACAGUUAUAUAUUGAGAGAAUGCCGUCUCGUAGCAGCAACGAAAUUUGUGUAUGUGUAUAUAUAUAUAUUUAAGCGUAAAGCUAUAUAAUGGGUUGAGCCGACCGCGGGUAUCGAAUCCUGAUUUUUAACGAUAUAAGCCCUUAAGCUUACCGUUGAGCCACUGGGAAGCAACAGCACUCAAAAACGCACAAGAAGGUGAUAUAGUUAUUUUGUCUAUUGCCAGUCUUAUCAAACACAAGAUAUUUAUAGCAGACCCAUACAAAGGACUGUCUAAAAUGCUGUCUAAAACUGAAAUCAGUAAAUAAAUGUUUUAUUUUCCAUUGAUAAAAACAUGUGCAAUUAAUAGAAUAAUGUUUUACUGUCCAUUGAUAAAAACAUGUGCAAUCAAUAAAAUAAUGUUUUACUUUCCAUUGAUAAAAACAUGUGCAAUCAAUAAAAUAAUGUUUUACUUUCCAUUGAUAAAAACAUGUGCAAUUAAUAGAAUAAUGUUUUACUUUCCAUUGAUAAAAACAUCUGCAAUUAAUAGAAUAAUGUUUUACUUUCCAUUGAUAAAAACAUCUGCAAUUAAUAGAAUAAUGUUUUACUUU